AUGGCAUUUGAAAAUCCCUUAAGAAAGCUUUCUUUCGAGACUAGAGGCUGGAUAACUUUGGCUUCUGGUUUUGCUCUCCACUUCGUUUUAGGUACCUUUUACCUUUGGGGAAGUAUCAGUACUUAUACUACUUCUUAUCUCCGUCAAGAUGGUUAAAACUACACAAAAGAAACUGUAGGAGCUGUUUUCCCUUUCACUUUCCUUGCAUUAAAUAUAGGUACUCCUUUCGGUGUUUACUUAGCUAGAAAAAUAGGAUUUAACUUGCAAAUUUUCAUAGGAAGCAUCCUUAUUGGACUCUCUACAAUUGCUAGUUCUUUUGUCGUCCACAUCUUCCCCUUGUUUGUCCUAUUUUACGGAUUUAUCUUUGGAAUUCUAAACGGAUUACUCUAUAUGUUACCAUUCAACUCUUGCUACUUAUAUAUGCCUCAUAGAAAAGGUCUCGUUAGCGGUGUAAUUGUCGGAGGAUUUGGAUUUGGAUCAACUGCAUUUAUCUGGUUAAUUUAUUCUAUAGUCAAUCCCAACAACGAAAAACCCACUGACUUGAUUGAUGGAGUUAAGUAUUUUUCAAAAGACGUUUGUGAUAGAUUCCCUGAAUCUUUAAGAGUUUUAGGCUUAGUUCAAAUUGCAAUUGGUGUCAUAAGUUGUUUUAUUCACAUUAGACCUACCGAAGAAGAAUUAAAGCUUUAAGAAGAAAAGUUGAAAGUGAAAACAUUAGAAAAAGCCAAUGAACUUGAAUUCUGUGAACUCAAAAAUUAAAAAACAGAAAGCAAUAAUUCAGAAAAGCAAGAAUAAGAAAAGGUAGCUUCAUCUGAUUUAGAAAAAGGAGGCUGCUCAACUGAAUAAGAAGCUUUAUAGGUACAUACUAGUGCUAUAAACAAAGAUGCUCGUCCUCAUUUCGAAUUUUAAGUUGAGCUUACUCAAAACGAUCCCAAAAUAAAUGAUUAAUAAAAAGAUAAGGUUGAAGAUAAGAAAAAGAAAGUUGAAAUCUAUCACGAAUUCCAAACUUUUAAAGAUGGUAUGCAUACUAAAUAUAUUUACAUCUCAAUCGCAUUGGCUUUGAUGUUCACAGUUUAUGGAAGUAUGAUUGUUUCAAAUUAUAAAUUGUAUGGUGAAUACAACAGUUAUGAUGAUAACUUCCUCAGUACAGUAGGUACAGUUGGUAGUAUAUUCAAUGGUUUGUCUAGAUUAUUUUGGGGAGGUAUUAUGGAAAAACUCAAAAUUGAAUAGAUUAUCAUUAUUAACAUAACAUUUUAAAUGGUAGUAAGUUUUACCUUCCGUUGGGCUGCAUAGUAUGCUGCUUUGUAUUUAAUCUAUAUCGUUUUGUCCUAUUUCCUCUACGGUGGCUGGUUCUCCAUAUUCCCAACUCUUUCAGCAAGAAUUUUUGGUAAAAAGAUAGGAACUUAAAUUUAUGGUAUUACCUUCUUGGGUUUUUCUUGCGCUUCUUUCAUUUAAUACUUCGUCGUCAUGGAAGUUUAAAAAGCUAUCGGCUGGGGAAACACUUUUUGGGUUUUUACUGCCGUAUAAUUGAUCGCUUUAAUAAUUGCAUAAUUCGUCAGAUUUAAUGCUGAGCCUCCAAUUAAAAAAGAGGAAGUUAAAUAAAUCGAAAAUUAGACUGAAUAAAUAUAAGCUUGA